UAAAGGUAUAAACUUCCUGUAUUCCAGCUUUUCUAGACAAUAUGAUGGAAUGGAAUGAAAAAAGCCUUUGUAGGAAUAGGCGGGGAGCAAGUGAACCAUGUCCAGCUUCAAAGAAUCGAUUUGGCAAUUCUUUAAGAUUGAUAACCCUUCCACGUUCAGGGAGGAUUACAUCGAUCCAACAAUUGACCGUGAAAGAAAGCCAGAAAAAGUUUCAAAGAGUGAUAAGUACAAUAUACUGAAAGCAUUCAACUGGUAUCCCUCUCAUUAUAGUAAAUAUGAAAGAAAAUUUUUACUAAAAUUUGACUUCUGCGUUUUGCUAUUCCUAAGUGCUUCGUUUUAUACUAAGUAUCUUGACAAUGCCAACGUUGGUUCCGCAUAUGUUUCAGGCAUGAAAAAAGAGUUAAACCUCAAAGGCAAUGAAUUGAACUAUUUUAAUACUUGUUACACGGUCGGUUACGCAGUAUUCCAAAUCCCAAUCACACUACUUAUCACAAAGCCACAUUUUUCCAGACACUUGCUACUUUUCUGCGAGUUGGCAUGGGGCAUGAUGACUCUCGCAAACGCAUACGUACAAAACGCUAACCAAAUGUAUGCUAUCCGAUUUUUCAUUGGUGUAUUUGAAGCAUGCUCUUUUCCAGCCACAUAUGUGAUUAUAUCCAGUUUCUUGACCGAAAAAGAGUUCUUCCAAAGAGCUGGGUUUUACGGAGCCUUUGCGGUGGCGGGCAAUGCCAGUGCUGGUGCACUUCAGACCAGUGCAAGGGAACAUUUAGACGGCAUAAGAGGGCUUUCAGGAUGGAGGUGGCAGUUCAUCAUAGAUGCAGUCAUCACUUUCGGAAUAUUUCUCUACGGGUUCCUACUCUUCCCUGGUAUCCCUUCAUCGUGCAAGAAGUUUGGAUUCUUUAGUGAAGAUGAGAUGAUCUUUGCUAGGAAGAGAUUGGAGAAUAGAGUUGCUUUCCCAAAGAAAUUCACUUGGAGAACACUGAAGGAAACCCUAUUAACAUGGCAAAUAUAUGUUGGCUCGGCACUUUGGGUCUUGCAUCACCAGUCCUGGUACUCAAACGGUGCUAAGCUCUACAUGAAAUCCAGGCCUGACCUUUACACUACCUCCAUGGUCACUAACUGGGACUCGUACAUGUACUGUACGGGUAUACCGGCUGCCAUUAUUGUGGCACCUUUGUGCAAAUACUACGGGAAAAUUAUACCAGUGACAUUGGUGAUGCUGACGGCAUAUUACGCAUGUAUCAUAUUGGUUAUCUGGGAUGUUCCAAACGCAGUGUUGAUCUCUGCCUUCUUUCUGCAGAGGCCGUUCAGAGACGGCCUAGCACAGGUGUACUACACGUGGAUUGCAACGUUGUGUAGUGACAACGUCGAGAAAAAGGCCAUUGUGUUGAGUUGGGUGCAGGCAUUGUCGUAUGCCGUCAACGCGUUUGCAAUCCCACUACAGUACAAUGUUGCAGACGGACCCAGGUUCAAAAAGGGAUACAUCAUCAACUUCGCGUUCAUUGGAUCCGCACAUAUUGUGUUUCUCGUCUGCUGGUUCUGCGAUAAAUACGAUUGGAAGUACUUCCCACGCUUUGCCGGAAACAGACACCUGAACAACAAAGACGACAUUUCCCUCACCUACGACACCAGCACAGACGACUCUAGGACCGAAAUUGUCGACAUAGAGAGUGUGGGAGGAACAGGGGUAUCGAAAAACCAAAACGGCGUCGAAGAGCUGUUUGUGCGGGACCGUGAAGUAGACCACACCGAUUCCUCCUCCUCCAUCUAGAUUCUGUAAGGUUGCCAAAUAAUUUCUUGUCUAAAAAUAUACUUUAGAACCUUGUAAAAACCGAGCAAGUUGAGAACCUAAAUUGCAGC